GUCUAGAUUCCAAGAGGGGAAGAGGGAGCUUGCCGAGCUGAGAGAGUGCAUGUAUAUAAGGGAAUGGCCAAAUCUUGUGUUACAAGUUGGCCACAAAGAGCACCUCAAGACAUCUUGACGAUUGACGAUUGACGAUUGACCUCUGUAGUCUGUUUACUUUCUUCCUUGUCAUUCCAUCCCACUUUCCAGCGCCAUCAUGCGCCUGCUCAAAGGCCUUGUACUAGGUCUCCUCCUUGAGAGAGGCCUAGGCCAGACAGAACCUCAGCCAGACGGGGGAAAUCUUGCAACUGUUGCCGACCCAGUCGAAACAGAUCCUGCAGAUGCGCCUGUUCCAGACCCGACUGUUCCAUCAGAUGGCGACACUCCUUCAGAUCCCCCGGACCCAGCUGAUGAACCCACCAUCACAAUAGACGACCCUCAGCCCACUGACGAUGGGUCCGAUGCUAGAAUUCCAGCUCCAGAUCCCACUGAUCAACCUACCGAUGUCGAUGACCCCUCAGCCAUUCCUGAUGAUCCUGCAGAAACAAAUACAGACGAUGAGGAGUCAGCUCCCACCGACCAGCCCGCUCCAACCGACACUGAACCCGAGCCUGCUGCAACAGACGUCGACGCUACUCAAACCAAUGAUGAGGAAACUCCUCAAGAGACAGAUACCAAUGGUGAGGAAGCUACGCAGACAGAUGGUGACACCGAUACGGCACCCGUCGUUUCAACAGAAGCCUUGAACUCCGCGGCCGAAGAGACCCCAGAGGCUACACCUCUGGCUUCCGACACCGCAGACGACCAAGCUCCACAGACGACCGAAGAGCCAUCGGAUGAACAAACCGAAGAACCCACCGCUGACUCUGAACCAGAAGAGUCUACCCAGCAGGAGACUAGAGGAAUUGUAGCACCGACAAAGACUGAGAAGAACGAUGCGAAAACGACUGAUGGCAAUGGUAAAUAUUCAGCUGCUCCUUAUGCUAGUGAGACAGAAGGGGGUGAGGCGGAGGAGACGGGAUCGAAUGAACAGACCGCUGAUGGAACAACGCGCAAAGCUGCAGCUACAGGUAGUGGAGGCAAGGAGGAGAAGACUACACUUGCUACUUCCAAGGGAGCUGCGCCGACGUCGCCUGCUGAGGAUUACCCGAUUGAUCUGGAAGAAGCUGUUUUAGGCGACUAUGCUGAGUUCAAAGGCGCCGGCGACAAGACCGUUGUUAUUCUCAAACCCCCUCCCAAUGAGGUAGCAAAGUGCGAUCUCCCACCAACAAGCGACGAAGACGUUCCCGAGGGUGAAGACGUCCGUGUCGUCCUCUCCGUCAAGGUUGGCGAACUCAGCAAAGGCGCCAAAACUGGAAACCGUCUUCAGAUGCUAAUUGAUGGUUCGACUAUUUACGAUAAGGAGCUUUUGGGGACUGGUGGUGAAGAGGAGAGUAUUCAGAGUGACAAGUUCAAGGCUGCGCUGGAUCAGAAGGUUAAUGUUGUUCAUAAGGCGGGUGAUAAGCCAGUGCAGGUUACGAUUCAGGAUGCGAAUAUUAGGAGUGCUAUUAGCGGGGGUAGUAGAGGGGGAAGCGGAGGAGGUGGAGGGUCUGGUGGCGGAUCCGGGUCUGGGGAUGAUGGUGGUGACUCUGGUGAUGGAGGCUCUGGUGGUAGCGGAGGCGGAAGUGGCGGUGGAAGUGGCGGUGGAAGUGGAGGUGGAAGCGGUUCAGGCGAUGGUGGUGGUGGCAGCUCAGGCGGAGGCGGUUCUGAAACUGGCUCAGGAACAGGUGACAAGGAGGCAUCACCAUCCAGUGUUUCUGACGGCGACGGUCAAACCAACGUUGCUGGAAAGAACUUCAUGGUCGGCGAUGUACUCAUGUAUGCUCUGCCUCUCGCUGUCGCUCUUGUGGGUUGAUGACCUGUAAUAUUCGAGGUUCUUGUAUCUAGUUCGCGGUGUUUGAGUUGGAGUAGUACAAAUGGCCGAGCUAUCGGAUUAAUAAAGUGUAGAUGCUUGCUUGAGCUAAUGAGAAC